ACCUCCCUUUUCUCUCUUCUAUCCACUCUCUCCCUCUUUCUCUAUAAAUCACUCCGGUUGUAUACUCGUCUAGUGUGUCAGAAACCGGCCAACAACACUGAAUAACACAUUUUCGCCGGAAACUGUACGGACACGAGUGAGUAACUUCGGAGUUGUGAACCUACCAAACCUCAGUUCAACUAAUCUCAUCUAAUGUCUCACUUUCACAGUUUGAUCGACGACGAAUUGGUGAUUUCGGAGAUCAUCUCCGAUCGCUCGAUGAAGUCCGAUCAGUGUUUCAGCCAUGUCUUGUCGGAUUUUGGCGAUUUCCGACCAACCGGAACUGAAUUCGUCGGAGAUAGGACGAGUCAUGCUCUUUCGGAGAUUGCAACUAGUUCCACUGACAUUGAUCACUCCAAUUCUUUGAAUUCCGGCUAUCCGGCGGCAGCGUCCAAAGCGACGGCCAUGGAGGUGGAAGCAAAGCGACGACACUCCACUAUGACAGAGAGACUGACCAGUAAAGAUAGCUUCAAGAAGAGAAAAGCAGAGUUUGUUUUAGGAGAGGACUGUAAAGAAGAAAUGGUUGAAGAAGAAGCAAUGGAGGAUGGUGAAUCUGAGGUCACGGCUAAAAGUAACCGGGAAAAUUCGGCUUCCGGGAACUCUUCCAAGGAGAACUCAAAGGUUUCUGAGGCUCCGAAGCAUGAUUUCAUUCAUGUCCGGGCACGUCGUGGCCAGGCCACAGAUAGCCACAGCUUAGCAGAAAGAGCCAGGAGGGAGAAAAUCAGCAAGAAGAUGAAAUGCCUGCAAGAUUUAGUACCAGGGUGCAAUAAAGUUUCCGGCAAAGCUGGAAUGCUCGACGAAAUCAUCAACUAUGUUCAGUGUCUUCAAAGACAAGUUGAGUUCCUAUCCAUGAAACUUGCUACUUUCAAUCCAAGUGUUGAUUCCAACAUGGAUAAUUUGUUCACUGAACAGAUUCCUGCUUACGCGGCCAGUUUUCCGACAACCUCUGCUGCACCUGAAUUGGCUGCUCAUCUAGCCUACAUCCAGUUUGAUCAAGCUCAACACGGAAAUACUAGUUGUGGGAUUGAUAUGCCCAUAAAUACAAAUUCGAACUCUCAAAUGACACCUCAAGGAACAGAACCAUGUCCCGACUCCUCUUGUUUCCCUCAAGUUCAACCCCUGCCAAAUUGGGGAGCUGAUUUGCAAAGCCUCUACAGUGUGGAGUUCUAUUAAGGGAAGCCCACUUCUUAUUGAUCUUCAAUAUUUACAGGAUGCUUACAAUCUCAAGAUGGAGAGCAUAAUUUUGGGCAUUAAUCAUCAGCUGUUUCAUAGAAUUGUCACAUAAGAACUUUUUCCACGAAUCAUGGGCUAUGAUUCUGUUUUCUUUUUAGUUAGCACAUAAUUAAUUUAUCUCCAUGUAUGGUCACAAUGUUGUAACACUAUGAUAUGUAAAUAUAUAUAUAUAUAUAAUUACAAGUCUCUUUCUUUCCA